AUGGGCGUGCUAUCGUCGGACGCGCGCACCUUCACGAAGAGCUCCAACAAGGGGAGGCUCAGCAUCAUCUGCGAGAAUCGGGUGCACUUCAGUGGCGUCGAACGCUACGCAGUGCAGUUUACGGAGGGUGAGCUGUGCAGCGCAGAUGGCGUUGGCUUCAUUCUGUCCUCCGACCUGCCAUGCACAAAGAACAUCCAGAGGAUCGUGUCCGUCUUUGCCAACCGGACUGGCCGCAUCUGUGUGCGCGUGCAUGAGGAGGUGGAACGCUGCUCCCAGCGCGUCAAAUGCUUGGAAGUGGGCGACUGGCUCGAGGUGAUCAGCGACUUGGACAACCAAACUGUCAGCUUCGUGGUCUACCCUCAGGACGGCUCGCGGCCAUCCUGGGCGACGAUUUCCUUUGCCGAGAUCCUGAGCAAGGCCCGUGGUCGAAUCGCUGGUCUCCCACGCGCGCCCUGUGGAUAUCUUGCCGUGGUUAUCAAGUGUCUCGGAGUGUCCGUGAAGCUGGGCUCCUGA